AUGUUUGACACUCCACACUGGCCUGGGUGGUCUACGCUCUUGUGCGUGGUCAUUUGCAUUGGUUUACUCUCUAUCUUUACUUUAUCUACACGACGAGAAUACAGCAAAUGUCUACAUAUCAGUGACACAGCCAAUACAGAUCUUUACCCACCCAUCGAACCGCUGCCAGAUUUCGACUGGAAGACAAAAGAACCGAUCAAGCUGCGCCCAUUCAAGCCAAAAUAUAACCUCACUAUGAGCAUCCAAGAAGGAACCGCCAGCGAGCUGAUCGAGAUAGACAAGAACUACCUCAGCCGCAUCAACCUCCGCAAGAAGAUCAUCGCCGAGCACCCGGAUACAGUCCUCGCAGCCGCAGACUGUGUCAAGCCAGCCCUGGACGAGUUUUAUAUCUGGCUGGUCGGGACGUACCUCCCAACGCGGUAUCCGCGCAUGUUCCAACUGCGUCCAGCGACUGGGAAGGAGAAGCCUGCGGUCCUUGAUAAUCUCGUCAACGGAGACCGAGUCCCUGUUUCUCCUGGCGGUAAUGAACCACUGGAUACCCUGCGAACAUUGGGCGGGCUAGUCGAGGACGACCUUCUCUUCCUGCUGCCGUCGGAGGAUGGAGACAGCUAUACGCUGCGUGGACUGGUGACUUGCUUUCCGAAUGGGUUUGACACGUCGCAGAAGCUGAAUCUCAAGCUGAGAGAUAUCCAUAAGCCUGUGCCGGAGUACAAGGAGAAGCUUGAGAAGAGUAUGGGUCGGUACUUCUCGCGACUUCCUGUGGGCAAGUUCAUUAUGAGGGCAAAUUGGACGAUAACAACUACAGGCGAACUCUUCACACCCAGUGGAAACCAUCUGUAUGAAGGCGAGGAGAUUCUCCAGGAAACAGUCAAUCCAGAUAUUGCCCGAGUCCGAGUGGAGAGACAGUAUCUGCAUCGACUACCCCAGAGCCACGCACUGGUAUUCUCGUUCAAGACGCUGCAGUACAGCCUGGACGAGAUCAAGGAAGAAGGACUGGGAGAGACUCUGGCAGAGGCGAUUGACGGGCUGCGACAGGGCAACGCACCAGGAUUCCACUUCUACAAACGGGCAGCAGUCUGGGGCGAGUCUGCAAAGGCGUAUCUGACCAAUCAUAUAUAG